GUAUCACCAGUCUCCUGGGAAGCGGUAUCUAUACAGCAGCUUACCCUCUUCAUGAUGGAGAUAUUAAUGAGGAUAGCGCAGAGCCCAAUGACAGAAAGCUUUUAUAUGAAGAGUGGGCAAACUACAGCGUCUUCUACAAGUACCAGCCCCUCGGACUUGUGCGGAAGUACUUUGGCGAGAAGAUUGGUCUGUACUUUGCCUGGUUGGGUCUGUAUACGCAGAUGCUGAUUCCUGCCUCUCUGGUGGGGGUCAUUGUCUUUCUGUAUGGAUGUGCAACAGUCGAUGACAACAUACCAAG